CUCUCCCUCUCUAUCGGUCGAGUCGUCUUCGUGAGUGACUUGGAAGACGAAUCACACUUCUCCACCUUACUCUGUUCCGUUAUGUUCGAUGCUAAAACUUCUUGUUCUCCCUCCCAUGGUUGCUGUUAAAAAUAAGCUUUUAUUGUUUUUUUCUUUCAACUGUCCGUAUUUGUCCAUAGUCAAAUCACCAUUUCAUAUAUAAUCCAAACUACUGUAAUGAAUUGUUCUGUCUCUAGUUAAACAUACAUCGUUUUAGUAGCUUUAGUUACAAAGUCUUCUUCUUGUAUAAUCAAAUUCAACACUUAAAAAAGUUGUUUGUGUUCUUAUUGACUUUGCCAAUCAUUUUAACACUAGACCCUUACUCAUUCAGCUCUUCGAAGUUGAAUAGAUUGGAAACAAAUGGAUGAAUCUCCUCUGGAGCAGCAAAGUCAAUCUCAUGAACAAGAGAACGAAAUAGUUACUGAAGGUAGUGCCUUUGGUCAUGGUGAGCCUCCUUCUCAAGACGGUAGUGUUCCUCCCAAAGUUGAUAGCCCAGUGGAAGUGCUGGAUGAGAAAGUCAGUAAGCAGAUCAUUAAAGAAGGUCAUGGCUCCAAACCAUCCAAAUACUCCACAUGCUUCUUGCAUUAUAGGGCAUGGACCAAACACACGCAGCAUAAAUUUGAGGAUACAUGGCAAGAGCAGCAACCUAUUGAACUGGUUCUAGGAAAAGAAAAAAAAGAAAUGACUGGUUUGGCCAUGGGUGUUGCUAGCAUGAAGUCUGGUGAACGUGCGCUCUUGCAUAUUGGCUGGGAACUUGGAUACGGGAAAGAUGGAAACUUUUCUUUUCCCAAUGUUCCUCCUAUGGCUGACUUGUUGUAUGAGGUUGAAGUUAUUGGCUUUGAUGAAACUAAAGAGGGAAAGGCUCGCAGUGAUAUGACUGUGGAGGAAAGGAUUGGUGCAGCAGACAGAAGGAAAAUGGAUGGGAAUAAUCUGUUUAAGGACGAUAAACUGGAGGAGGCCAUGCAGCAAUAUGAAAUGGCCAUUGCAUACAUGGGGGACGACUUCAUGUUUCAGCUAUAUGGGAAGUACCAGGAUAUGGCUUUGGCAGUUAAGAACCCAUGCCACUUAAACAUGGCAGCUUGCUUGAUCAAACUUAAACGUUACGAUGAAGCAAUUGGUCACUGCAACAUUGUGUUGACAGAAGAAGAGAAAAACCCAAAGGCCUUGUUCAGAAGAGGGAAGGCCAAGGCAGAGCUAGGACAGAUGGAUUCAGCUCGUGAAGAUUUUCGAAAAGCUCAAAAGUAUGCACCUGAUGACAAUGCGAUUAGAAGAGAGCUGCGAGGCAUUGCAGAGCAAGAGAAAGCUGUGUACCAAAAGCAAAAAGAGAUGUACAAAGGAAUAUUUGGAGGAGGGAGAGAUGAAAGUGGUGGCAAGGGAAAGAGCCGUAACUGGUUGAUAAUGCUAUGGCAGUGGUUGGUGUCCCUUUUCAGCAGAAUCUUGGGACGUAACAGGGUUAAAGCAGAUUAAUGUAAUGAAAGGCAAAGAAGAUCAACUCUUUUUAUUUUCUUAUGUUGUAAUGACUUCGAGAGACAUGGAACUUGUUAAUCUUAUUAAGGGAGAAUUUACAAAACAUAGUUGAGAACUGUG